GAAAAAUCUCAGGAUUGCAUGUAUCUCCAAUACUGUAAAGUGUGUCAGUCUUACAAGGCACCACGUUCACACCACUGUCGAAAGUGUAACAGGUGUGUCAUGAAGAUGGAUCACCAUUGUCCUUGGAUCAACAACUGUUGUGGAUACCAGAAUCAUGCAUCUUUCACUCUGUUUCUCUUCUUAGCUCCACUGGGGUGCAUUCAUGCUUCUUUCAUAUUUGUUAUGACUAUGUACACUCAGCUUUACAACAGAAUAUCUUUUGGGUGGAGUUCUGUAAAGAUUGACAUGAGUGCAGCCAAGAGAGACCCUCGACCCAUUAUUCCCUUUGGACUGUCUGCAUUUGCUGCAUCUUUAUUUGCCUUAGGACUGGCAUUAGGAACAACUAUUGCCGUUGGUAUGCUGUUUAUUAUCCAGAUGAAAGUCAUUUUGACAAAUAAAACUUCAAUCGAGUCCUGGAUUGAAGAAAAGGCCAAAGACAGAAUCCAGUACUACCAAACGGGUGAGACCUUUAUUUUUCCCUAUGACAUGGGAAGUAAAUGGAAAAACUUCAAGCAAGUGUUUACAUGGUCUGGGAUUCCUGAGGGAGAUGGCCUGGAUUGGCCAGUACGAGAUGGCUGUCAUCAAUACAGUUUGACGAUAGAGCAACUGAAACAGAAAGCAGACAAGCGAGUAAGAAGUGUGCGGUAUCGAGCAGUAGAAGAUUACAGUGGUGUCUGCUGCCCUGUGACUAAAGGUGUUAAAACGUUCUUCACAACACCGUGCACUGAAGAGCCUAGAAUUGCACUGAGUAAAGGAGAUCUGAUUUUAGCCACGAGAGGCUUAAAACACUGGAUGUAUGGUGAGAAGAUUCUUGACUCAGCUGCUGAUGGUGGAAUAAGAGAACGAGGCUGGUUCCCUAGGAAAUGUGUGGAAAAGUGCCAAUAUGACUCUGAAACGGAUCAACCAGUGGAUGGAGAGAAGAAAAACAGAUAGCCUUCUCAUUUUUUAAAUAAGAAAUGGAAUUUUUACUUCAGACCACAAUCCUUUACUUGAAAUUUUCUGUAUAUUACUUCAGACUUAUGCAAUGAAUAUGUUAGGACGAGGGUUUCUCUUCCUCGCAGCUGAAAGGGUUGGAUAUGCCUGUGCCAUGGUUUGCAUAUUUUUUAAACAAUAAAUAAUUGAAGAAGCCAUUCAGUGGAUUGCCUUCAAGAUGCAUCUUUUUCAUCCUGUCAGUUUUUUUCUUAUUGCUGUUUAAAUUGCAUUCUGAGGGUUCAUAUUUUAGGUUUUUUCCUCAACCGCAUCUGAUUGUGAUGCGUGAUGCUUUUGUAUUUUACUUUCUCUGAAGCUCCCCCUGGGAACUAUAAUAUAAACCUCUGAUUCAAAUUCAAGAUAAAAUUUGUUACCUGUGACUUUUAAUGAUGUGAAUUGUCCACCUCAAAUAAAUGAUACGUUCAUAUUC